CUUCCUGGAGAAAAGGACUACUAUAGAGGAGUUGCUGAUUUUUUUUUACAUCAAAAGAUAUCACAAUGGCAGAAGUUCCUGAAUUAAAUGUUAUCUCAAUGGAUAAUUACAGUGAAAAUCAGGAACAAUUUUAUGCUGACUUCUCUUGUGAAAUGAAGACCAGUCUGAAGCAUUUAGAAUGGACGCCAUGUCACACCAGUUGGUCAUCGUGCAGUUUUGGAAUAAAACCAGAGAUAAGGAAGCCUAAAAAGCCUUUGCACUCCUUCAAGAAGGUGAUAAUGCUAGUGGUGGUUGUGGAAAAGCUGAAGGGAGGAAAAAGAUGUAACAAGCAAUCCUUUUUCGAUGACAGUGACCUGCUGGACCACAUCCUAGUGGAGGAAGAAAUUACCUUCAACACCACAGAGGAAUUAAACGCCUCCCCACCUAAAUUCCGAUAUAGUAAAACAACUGUCCACAUUAUUCGAGACUACAGACAGAAGUGUCUGGCACUGCAAGAAGUUCCAGGGGGCGCGCAUCUUGUGGCCUUGUUUUUACAAGGGAAGAAUCUUGAGCUAGAAGCAAAGAUAAAUGUGGGCACCUACAUUUCAGCGCCUCUUGUGGAAGAGAAACGUCCAGUCACAUUGAGUCUUGCUGGUCGCAAUCUGUUUUUAUCCUGCAUUGCUGAAGAUACUAACAGUACUCCAGUACUAUCCCUGGAGGAGGUCACCAACAUUCGAGAAAAAAUGAACAAUGACUUGCUACCCUUCCUCUUCUACAAGACACAAAACACCAGUGACAACACCACCUUUGAAUCAGUGGCUUUCCCAGGAUGGUAUAUUAGCACGUCCCAGCAGGAGCACCAGUUUGUGCAAAUGAAGCCACAAGGGGAUCAAGUGUUUAUAAGAGAUUUUGUGAUUUUGUGAAAGUAUGAGAUCCAACCACUUAUAUGUAUGUACUAUGUACAGCACAGGAGCCAGUGUCUCUUCUGUUACACAACUGGCCUUCAGAUGCUCAGUCAUUGGUCAGACAUAGCAGAAAUUGUUUAAUUAUGACUUUCAUAAAGUUUAAAUUCUCAUUCAGAGAACACACAGUAUCUUUAUCAAGAUUUUUAUAUAUAGAUAUAUAGAGCAUAGAUAGAAAGAGAGGGAGCAAAGAAUAGACAUAGUGGGGCAGAUGUAUUAAGCCUGGAGAAGGCAUAAAGAAGUGAUAAAUG